GGACAAGCUGCAGAGACCCUCGUGUCACCCCAGCCACCCCACCACUGGCUUGGGGUGUCCCCAGAAAAGACACAUGCUUGCAGUCCUUUGGUCAGCUCCAUGCCUGGGUUGAUCCCAAGCCUUGAGUCUGCUCCUGGCCGCUUGGACUGGCUGUGUGGGAGCUCCUGUUUGGGGUAGGGUGUGUUUAGGGGAAAGCCCAGCGUGGACGCACCAUUGCUGUGGCAAGGUGGGCAGUGGCACCGGGAAAGGAGCUGUGGUGGGGAUGGAGCUGCAGCUCGGGGUCCUGCCGUGCCCUCAACACCGCGGAUGGGACAUCCCCAGAGAGGUCUGCAGGGCCCCCCCGCUCCAGGGCAGCCCAGGCCAUGGGAUCACAACCGGGAGCUGUAUGGGGUCCCCUGGGACAUGUCCUGCGGUUUGGGGAGAGCGGUGCGGGAUGAGGAGCAGGGAUGGGCCGGCGGCCCCCGGCAGGUCCCCGAGGCUGGGGGCGGCGGUGGCAUCCCUGCAAUGCGCUUGGCAUCGGCUGCCCCGGCUGGCGCUCGCCGAGUCCAUGUGAUCCGGGGCUUGCUCUGUGCCGCCGCCGGGUCCAGCCGCCGGGACGGCGAGGGAGCCAGAAGGUCGAGCCAGCGGCCCCGACAGAGCCGCCCCAGCCCCGAACAGGGUUCCCCGGCAUCGGCUGAAGCCCCCGGGCUCCUCCCUGCCACCAUGCCCCGCGGGAAGAGGGACCCGGUCCUGCUGUCCCCCGCCGAGCUGCCCGGCCCCGAGGCCGAGGGUCCCCGCGCGGCUGCGGACGGCCGGCGCUCCGCGGAGGAGGAAGAGGAGGAGGACGGACACCUCCCGGGGCUGCCCCGCGACGACCUCACCAAGAGCAUGUCGAGCUCCUCCGUGUCCUCCUACCACUCCGCCCUGUGCUCGGACGGCACGGAGACCUUCAAGGACUGCCUGGAGUUCCUGGACGAGGAGGGAUCGCCCGGCCGGGCUGCCCCGGGCCGCUGGGCUCCGGCGGGGGCCCCCGGCGUGCCCCCGCCGCCCGGCCCCCUCGCCCGCCCGCAGCGGGCUCAGCUGUCCAGCGCGGCUAAGAAUAGCCCAGCGCCGGGCCAGGGGGGCAGGAUGGGUCCCCUCGGUGGGGACCGGCAGCCUGUGCCGGCCGCGGCCGCCGGCGGGGAGCCGGCCGUGCCCCGGCAGCCCGGGGCGAUGCUCGCCGGGGCUCCCAGCGACUCGGACGAGGUGGACGGCGAGGUGCAGGCGCUGACGGCCAGGGCUUUCCGCAGCCUCUCGGGUCUCCCCGGAGCUCGCCUCGACAUGUGCAGCUCCCACACCUCCUCCAGCCUCUCCAACUCGCUGUCGGAGGACGGCGGGCGGCCGCGGCGGUGGCCGGCGGGCGCGGGGGAGCCCCGGGGCGCGGCGACAGCUCUGCACGGUAGGGUGGGCUGGCCUUUCCUCGCCGGCGUGGACGGGGAGCUGCUGGCCAAGGAGCAGUUUGAGUGCGUGGACGUGGAGCUGGAGAGCGGUGAGGCCAGGAAGGGCCACGGCAAGAAGAGGACGGUGCCCAAGCGCCAGAUCCUGCUGAAGAGGAAGGAGAGGAAGGAGACGGGCUUUGGCACCCGGGGGGAUGGCCCAGCGCCCCAGCCCCCUGCCAGGAAGGAGCCCCCCAGCAAGGGCAGAGCCGUCGGCGAGGACUUCAGGCUCAACUACCAGCAGUUCAUGAAGGCGGCGUCCCUGGAGGCCGGCCCCGACAGGACCAGGGCGGCCUCGUGCCUGGUGAAAAACGUCCUGGCCAAGAAGAUGCAGUACGAGCAGCGCAUCAAGAUGGAGCAGAAGGGGCUGCGGGGCAGCUCGACCUCCUCGGGACCGUCCUCCGCCGGCACCGACCUGCUGGGGGAUGGUCUGGAGGGCAAGUCCAGCUCUCUGUCCCGCUCAGACUGCAGCUUCUCGGCCGAGGACCUGCGGGGCGGCGGGAUGCCGGUGGCCACGGCGGUCGCGGAGAGCUCCGCCACCACCACCCAUCCCACCAAGGGCGUGGUGCUCAGCGAGGCGACGAGGGAGACUGUCUGCAACCUGAGGAAGACGUUCAACGAGCUCAACCAGAGGAUGAAGUACCAGGAGGUGCUGGAGGGCCGCUGGCUGCCCGCGGCCGCGGAGAAGCACACGUCGGAGAGGAUCUGCUACCAGCGAGCCCGCGCCUUAUUCGAGGCCCAGCCCGGCGUGGGGAAGGUGCUGGAUGUUGCUCCCCGGUUUGCGAGGGCGCCGAGGCCAUGGCCCAGCUUGAAGGAGCGAGCCAUCGGCCCCAUCCAUUCCCAAAGCCUCCCCUUCAAGGCUGAGAGCCGGGCGCUCCCCGCCACCCCGCCGCGCCGCCCCUUCGCCUCCUCCCGGGCGCAGGAGGCGAGGACGCUGCCGCAGAGCCAGCCGGAGAAGCCACCAGCAGUGCCCCGCCGGCCGCCCAGCCCCGGCACCAUCCCGGCACCCCGGGGGUCCCCGCCGGCCGCGCCCCCCAAGCCAGAGGAGAAGGGGAAGGGGCGCGUCCCGCAGCCCCGGGACGUGCGCAAGCUGGUGAAGAGCAGCUACAGCCUCAAGUUCGGGACUGCCGGUGCCUCCCGCGGCACCGUGGCACCGGCGAGUAGCGGGGAGCCGCCACCAGCCACCCCCCUGGUCAUCCACUGCACCUCGGUCCGCCGGGAGCCGCCGCCGGAGCCGGCGGGCGAGGAGGUGCUGGCAGCCCCUGGCCGAGAGCCAGCCCCGGCGUGUGCCGAGGGGCCCGCAAAGACCCCGCACAGCUCCCCAAUCAACAUCACGAGGGUCCAGGCCACGCGGAGGGGAGCGGCCCCCUCGGAGGAGCCGCCGGCGUCGCCCCCGCGCCGGGAGCGGAGCGAGCUCAGGCUGCCCCCACGGGCCCCGGCGGCCGAGCGGGUGCCACACGUGGAGACCCAUCUGCACGUCCUGGUGGGCCGGCCGGCCCCGGCGGCCCGGGAGAGCUCCCCGGCUCAGAGCAGCGCUGUGCUGCGGGCAGAGAAGACCGUUCUCCUGCCGCCGCCGCCGCCGAGUCCCGCGGAGGGAGAGGAGGUGCGCGGCCGUGGCAGCAGCCGGGCGCUCCCCGCUGCCGAGGGGCCGGAGUCGCUGGGGCAGCGGCCCCGCAGCGGCGACAGCCGGGACCCCCGAGCCGGAGCCCCGGGCGGCAGCAGCGCCCGGCCGCGGCCUGCGGAGCCGGCGGCGAGGAGCGCGGCAGAGCCCGGUGGCAGCGAGCAGAGGCAGCAGCAGCCCGGCGGCCGGCGGGUGUCGGUGGGCAGCGGGGGCUCUGCCGGUGGCACCGGACCCGCUGCCCCGCUCCGAGCCGGGGACAGCAGCGAAGCCUCCCCUGGGCGGCUGCCGGAGCAGAGGGAGGCCUGGGAGCACUCGCCGCAGUGGCCGGCGGCUGCGGAGCCCUACCCGCCGGCUGCCCCGGCAGAGAACUCCAACUACUUGGCAAUCCCCGAGAGAGCCCCCAAAUCCACACAGAUGCCAAAGCUGUCCUCGGUCCCCAACCCAGGCAGUGCAUCCUUUGGGACCCCCUUUGUCCCCAGCCCGGCCAGCGCUUCUUUUGGGGCUCCCUCAGCCCCCAACCCAGCCAGUGCCUCUUUUGGGACCUCCAUGGUCACCAACGUGACCGGCUCAUCCUUUGGCUUCCCAUCAGCCUCCAGCCUGGCCAGCACAUCAUUUGGGACCCCCUUGGUUUCCAGCUCCAACAAGUCUUUUGGGGCCCCUCUGGUGCCCAACCUGUGCAGCACAUCCUUUGGGAACCCCUUGGUCCCAAAUGCAUCCAGUGCAUCCAUUGGGAAUCCCUUGGUCCCCAAUCCAUCCAGCAUGUCCUUUGGGAACCCCUUGGUCCCAAAUGCGUCCAGUGCAUCAUUUGGGAACCCCUUGGUCCCCAAUCCAUCCAGUGCAUCCUUUGGGAACCCCUUGGUCCCCAAUGCAUCCAGCAUGUCCUUUGGGAACCCCUUGAUCCCCAACCCAGGCAGGUCAUCCUUUGGGUCCCCCUUGGUCAGCAACCCAGCCCCCACUUCCCUUGGGCAUCCAUCAGUCUCCAGUGUAGCCGGCUCUUUCUUUGGAUCCCCUUUUGUCCCCAACCCAGCCAGCGCUCCGCUGGGAACCGGUGCCUAUCCCCUUCCUGGUGGGGAAGUGCCCUGGGGCAAGCCCAGCCCUGAGCCCCCCCUUCCCCGACCCCCCGAGGGCUCGGCUGCUGUGGAGCCCCCAGCCCAGCCCCACCUGGAGGAUGCUCCUCAUUUCCUCAGAAGGACCGAUGGCUCCUCGCCGAGUGGGAGGAGCAGGCAAAGCCCCUCCAAGCCUUUCCCCACCGCCGUGCCUGCCCAGCGGAGGAUGCUCGUGGAUCCCAGCAGCGGGAAGUUCUACUACGUGGAGCCGCCGCGGCAGCCCCAGAUGAAAACGCUCUACGACCCCGAGACGGGGCAGUACCUGGAGGUGCUGGUCCCACCGGUGGCAUCACACACCGGGCUCUACCAGGCACCUUUCAACCCGCUGGUCAUGGCCCCGGGGGUCUAUGGCCCGCCCUACGCAUCCUACGGCGGCUUCCCCGGGCUCCCGGCACCGCCGCCCUCCGCCCCCUCGCCGCCGCACCCCUCGCUGCCGGCUGCCGACAACCCCGGGACCCCCGGCUCCGCUCCCAAGGGCGAGGGUUCGUCCUCUGCCGGGGGUCCCGACUGCGGCUACCUGGAGAGCCUGUACUACAUCCCCACGGGUAUGAGGGCCAGCCCCGGCCCCGAGCAGCCCCCGGCCCGAGCCAGCCCUGCCGCGCCCGAGGGCUCGCUGCUCCGCAUGUGACGGGAAGGAUCCGCGGGGAUGUCCCUUCCCUUGGCCCGGCUUAGCCCAAAGUCAGCACCACCCCUGGCACGGGAGAGCCUCCCUGCCCACGACUGAGCUGGCAAAACGCCGAGGGGUAGCGGGCACUGGUUGGACUUCACUGGCUUCUCAUGGAAACGGGGACACAAAGGGUGUUUUCCGGUGUGAGCACCUGGCAGCCCUAGGGGGACAUGGAGGUGUGUGCUCUGGCCAGCAAAGGGACCACAGAGGCCCUGCUUCUCCCUGUCCUGCCAGUCCCAUCCCAAGGAUGACCCGAGCUGGUUCACCCAGGGGGUGAUCGCCUGGCCACCUCCAGCACCCCCCCCCCUGCCCCAGCCACGGCUACAGCACAG